GACCCAUCCAUAUUCAAUUGGAUCAGCCCUUUUACCACUCCUAUGACACAUGUUCGCCCGGAACCCCCCAAAUUUAAUUUAGGGUUUAGCAAUGGCUCUGUUUUGCUCACCCUGUAAUAAUUUCUUAAUUUCACCUCCCCCAUCGUUUACAUCAUCUGCAAUUCAACAUGUCUCGGUUUUCAAACCCCAAUUUCCUUCUCUAUCCAUUUUUAGUUUUAAGCCGAGUAUUGUAAUUGACCUGUCUCAGAUGAAACCUCACUCCCCUAAGUGCUCGGGUUCUUCAGUUGAGUCAUUUAAUGAUGAUGAUAAUUCUACUACAAUUAUAUUCCUGAAAGGACUAGCAAAGUCGACAUCAGAGGAAAGAUUGAAGGUGGUGUUUUCACAAUUUGGAGAUGUCAACCGAGUCAAGAUCAUUACUAAUAAGAAAAGUAAGCAAUCGUUGGGGUUUGCAUAUAUUUGGUUUCCCGAUAAUGAAUCUGCACAAUCUGCUGUCCAAGAGAUGAAUGGAAAGUUUUUAGAUGGCAGGUUUAUACAGGUUCAGAUGGCAAAGCCUGGAUCUUGCAAGCCGAGCAUCAAGACAACACCUUACAAGUUCUAGGCAACUCCGAUCUAGCUUCUAGCUAGCAUUAGCAGCCUGUGUAGUGUGAACAAAGGAUACUCAGGCAUGGAUGAAUUCAUGAUUCAGUAGCACUCGAGCAAACCUUGUUGAUAAUCAAAAGAGCUAUUCCAUGCUAAUAUCUGAACUAGGCUACGCUUGCUAUGUAGACUUUAGUUUGUGCUGUGCAUAUUUAUACCCUGCAACUUCUGUAUCUUUUGAUAAUUUAUAAGCGCAGCAGAGUUUGAGCACAAAAAAAGAGAAAAAGCUAGUUCAGAACUUCUGAUGUAGCUAGUCC